AUGGAGGCCAACAUGGUCAUCAUGGAGGCCAACAUGGUCAUCAUGGGGAACAAGACCAGCAAGGACACCAUGGCUGUAAGUAUAUGCAUUUUGCAAAUCCUUGUAUAUAUAAUAUAUAGAGCUACAGUUUACAAUCCAUGCAACCAGUUUUUAAUAUUUGGUUUUGAUAAGUCCUUAUCAGAUAAACAUUAUAAUAUGCAGACAAUAGAAAGGAGGAUAUAUCAUUUGUUUAUAUAUAAUUAAUUUAUUGAUUUAACAGUAAAUUAGCAAACUCCAUUGCUGCAGAUAUGGCAGAAGAAAUAUAGAAAAUCAGUUAUUGUUUUCACAAUGUAUUUUAUGCUUUAUAUAUCAAUCAGAAGGAGAUUCAUUAUUUGGCGUAAUAUUUAGUCUCGUUUUCUUUGCUUCAGUAGGUAGUGGUGGACAGCAAUGCCAGGAUCAGAGUUCCACUGGAGGUCCAAAAUCAGGUAACUGAACAAGUUACAAAUAUUAAACAUUGAUGUGAAUCAUUUGAGUAUUGACUGUUUUUCUUUCAAACUGUGAUUUAAAUAACGUGAGUUUAAUGUGCAUUUUAUGGAAAUAGUUUUUAUAUAAUUACCUUUAAAACUUGGGCACUGUCUGCUGGUAACCUCUUUUUAUGGGCUACAUCAGAAACAUACAAAUGAAUAUAAUCAGCAAAGUAAAGUGUGUGAUGUGAUACAUACGAAACACUCCCACUAAAACAGAUGUAUGUUUUCCUUGAUUCAGGUGGUGCUGGUGGACAGCAGUGUCAAGAUCAAAGCUCAUAUGGUGGACGAGAAUCAGGUAAAUGGAUACAUGGAUUUCAGUAUUAACAAAAACAUGCUUAUAAAAAUAUACCAAAAUGUAAAAAUAAAUAUAUAUAUAUAUAUUUGUUUCUCUGUUUACUUAAAGGGGGCAAAGGAGGACAGUGCCAAGAUCAAAGCUCCUGUGGUGGCCAGAAAUCAGGUAAAACAAGUGAAUAAUUAUACUGAAAUAAAGUUACAAAAUAAUAAUUGUAAUCUAAUAGUGAAAUAAACGGUCAAGUUAAGAGAGUACUCAGUGGAUUCAGACAUACUUUGAACUUCGAGCUAUAUUUAAAGGUUCUUCUCAAGUUUCUGAGUUAGCCAGAGAUUAAAACAUGCAAAAAUUUACAUUUUAUUGUAAAGGACAACCUGUUGUGAGGUUACAACACACUGGAGUGACUUACAACACUCAUAGCAAGCAGACAAGGAUUAUGGGACCAAGGAGUCCUAGGCAGAUCACUAGUUUGGGGCCCCACAUUUAUUUUUCACAUAUGGGUGGUUAAUUGAGCCAAGCAAAUUCAUGGUUGUGAGGCCUCAGUGUAAUUCUUGUGGGCUAGGAUGUCACUUAAGGCCAUGUUAUGGUUAAUCCUAUUCUGAUAACUAGUAGGAUGUCACAUGCAUUAACUAAGGUUUCCUAAAUAUGAUCUAUUGGCCUAAAUGAUGAUUCAAAUGCUUAGAAAAUGUCAGAAUCAUUAGCUUGUGGUUAUCAUUCGUCCCUAUUUUCGUCCCUAUUUUCUCCAUUCAGGUGGCAGUGGUGGGCAGGGCCAGGAUCAAAGCUCCUGUGGUGGUCAGAAAUCAGGUAGAAUUCAUCACCAAUAUCUAUAUUUAUAUCUAUAUCUAUAUUUCAAUAUUUGGUUUUAUCAUAUUGUAAUAAUGUGGACAUAUUUCAUGAGAUAUAUAUAUAGUUUCUAGUGUGUGAGCUCUUUCUACAUAAGGCUUUUCAGGCAAAACAUUGUAUUUAGUUGGUCAUCAAUCUGUCUUUUAAAUUUUUAUAUUCUUUAUCAUGCAUUGAAAUCAUUCCCUCUCUCUCUACGUCAGGUGGUGACUCUGGGAAGCAGUGCGGGGACGUAGGAUCCUGCGGUGGGAAUAAAUCAGGUAAACACAUACGUAUAUUAAUAGAAUACAUGAUGUUUAAAUUUAUCUUUUAAUACCAUUUGCACAUGGUAAUAAUGAUAAUAAUGCCCAGUGGUGUAAGUGCCAAUGUAUUUUUAACAGUGUAAAACAUACUGCGAAUAGAAGUACAAAACUACAUUUUUAUUCUGGUCCAAGUUAAAGGAUCACUAUAGUUUCAGGAAAAUAAACUCAUUUGGCCGAAACGAUCGUGCAGAGGGAACUUGCUGGCAUUUCGUAUCUGGACUACCCAUACGGGUGGGAUCAGUCUUAUAUGCUUAAGAUAUGUUUUCUCUAUAAUGGCACAAGUGAGCAAAAAACUAUUUUAAGACCUGAGUGGGGAUGGACUGCAGGGCAAGCUAUCGAGUAUCUCUAAGCUUUUGUCCGUUCUCAGAGUUCUCAGCCUUUCUUCUUUUUUCAUGUUAUGGUUAAUCCUCCUCUAAUAACUAGUAUGAUGCUACAUGCAUUAACUAAGGUUUCCUAGAUAUGAUCCAUUGAUCUAAAUGAUGAUUAGCAUGCUUAGAAAAUUUUAGAAUCGUUAGCUAAUGCUUAUCAUUCCGUCCCUAAAUUUGGCAAAGCUUAGGACCGUAAGUAGAUCAACAGACACUUUAGUUUGCCAUUUUGUUUUUUGUUUUUUAGUAUUAAUAUUGAUAUAUAGUGACUAUAUAUUAUAUCUCUCUUCAGGGGGUAACGAUGGGCAGUGUCAAGAUUCAGGCUAUGGUGGUCAAAAAUCUGGUAAAAACAUGA